GCACGCGGGAGCGCGCAGGAGAGUGAAGGCCCCAACCGCGCUAAAGCUCCAAGGGCGGGGCGGGUGGAGAGGAGGCCCAGGACGCCGCGGUGGCGCGCACGACUCACGCAUGGGCGAGUCACGUGGGACAGCGAGGAUCGCAGUGCGCGUGGCCGCGGUGGCCGGUGUGGGGUUGAGUCAGUUGCUAGUGGGGGGGAAAGCGACUGGUCGUCAGACUGCCCGUCCCGCUGGCUGAAGCAGGAAGCGAGCGAGCGGUGAGCCCAGGCUGGUGACUGUGCCCUUCUCACAGCCCCGGCGCUUCGCCAUCUCUCCCCUCUCCUCCUCCUUCGGCUCCUCCCACUCUACCUCUCCUGGACAACCCCCCCUCCCCCCCACCCAGGCAAACCGCCGCCUCGGGCGCGCCCCCGCUCCCCCUGCGCUGUCUCUUCGAUGGCGGCCGCUGCCGGGGCCAUGGCAAAGCACGAGCAGAUCCUGCUCCUCGACCCGCCCACAGACCUCAAAUUUAAAGGCCCCUUCACAGAUGUAGUUACUACAAAUCUUAAACUUCGAAAUCCAUCAGACAGAAAAGUAUGUUUCAAAGUGAAGACAACAGCACCUCGUCGGUACUGUGUGAGGCCGAACAGUGGAAUUAUUGAUCCAGGGUCGACUGUAACUGUUUCAGUAAUGCUACAGCCUUUUGAUUAUGAUCCAAAUGAGAAGAGUAAACACAAGUUUAUGGUACAGACGAUUUUUGCUCCAUCAAACACUUCAGAUAUGGAGGCUGUGUGGAAAGAAGCAAAACCUGAUGAACUGAUGGAUUCCAAAUUAAGAUGUGUAUUUGAAAUGCCCAAUGAAAAUGAUAAAUUGAUUGAUAUGGAGCCUAGCAAAGCUCUUCCACUGAAUGCAUCUAAACAAGAUGGACCUAUGCCAAAACCACAUAGUGUUUCACUCAAUGAUACCGAAACAAGAAAACUAGUGGAAGAGUGUAAAAGACUUCAGGGAGAAAUGAUGAAAUUAUCAGAAGAAAAUCGACACCUGAGAGAUGAAGGUUUAAGGCUCAGAAAGGUAGCACAUGCAGAUAAAUCUGGAUCAAGCUCAGCCAUGUCUUUCAGAGAGAAUGUCACCAGUCCUCUUCCUUCACUUCUUGUUGUAAUUGCAGCCAUUUUCAUUGGAUUCUUUCUAGGGAAAUUCAUCUUGUAGAGUGAAGCAUGCAGAGUGCUGUUUCCUUUUUUUUUUUCUUGACCAGAAAAAGAUUUGUUUACCUACCACUUCAUUGGUAGUAUGGCCCACGGUGACCAUUUUCUUUGUGUACAGCGUCAUAAUAGGCUUUGCCUUUAAUGAUCUCUCACGGUUAGAAAACACAAUAAAAACAAACUGUUCGGCUUCUGGACAAAUUGUAUAUUAUCAGAUCAUCAAUAGCAGGUGUCAGUUGCACAUUCAGUCCUUUAUGAAAUUCAUAAAUAAAGAAUUGUUCUUUCUUUGUGGUUUUAAUAAGAGUUCAAGAAUUGUUCAGAGUCUUGUAAAUGUUAUUUUAAUAAUCCCUUUAAAUUUUAUCUGUUGCUGUUACCUCUUGAAAUAUGAUUUAUUUAGAUUGCUAAUCCCACUCAUUCAGGAAUAUGCCAAGAGGUGUUCUGUGGGGAAAUGGUGCCUCUUACAGUGUAAAUUUUCUCCUUUACCUUUGCUAAUAUCAUGGCAGAAUUUUUCUUAUCCCUUGUUGAGGCAGUUGUUGACUGAGUUUUUCAUCCUUACAAUCCUGUCCCAUGGUAUUUAACAUAAAAAAAUAAAACUGUUAACAGAUUCUUGCUGGGUAGCCUGUUUGUGUCUCUUGUAUCAUUAGAAGGGGAUACCUAAGAAUUAUUUUGUGUAUAACAAUUUGAGACUAGUAAUGCAUUACCUCUGCACUUAAGCUUAUUUAUUUGGCUUAUUCUGAUAUUUGUAAUUAAAUCUGGAAGAGAAAAAAAAACACAAAAUGAAACAUGUUCUUAUAAGGAAAGGAAAGUGAUGAUAAAUUUUGUUGCUGCUUUCAGUGUUAUGGACGAUGAUAGUCUAUCUUCACCAUGAUCAUUUGAAGCACAAAAAUCUAUGGGGAGAAAAGCAUUUUAAUUAUAGUAAAAUUAUGCUUAUGUUUAAAUGUCUGUAUUGCAUUGAAUGUGCCACUGUCCUAUCAGUUUCUUUUGGUGUCUUCCCGAAGGAGACUAAUUCUCCUUUAUUAUAGUCAAGUACUUUAAAGCCACGAUAAUCAUUUUUUAUCAACUUUAUAACUUAUUUUAAAAUAUUAAAGCUAGGUGUAUUUCCCUCUCAAUUUUACACGCAAAAUAAAUUUCCACAAUGGAAAGUUUUAAAGAUUCUUCCUGAAAAAUGAAUUAACAACUCUUCGCAAAUUUGUUAACCACGUAAACAAACCAUUCUCAAUUUAAGAAUGCAUUUAUGGGGUCUGAUACUUUUCUGCACCUAGUCUUCUGUCUUCAUUUCAUUCAUAUUAAUUGUAGGUAAUAAUAGAGCAAGAAAACAGUAAUUGGAACUGAUUGUAAGGUAGUACAUCUGAAUCUUAAUAAAUGAAUAUGUGAUUUUUUUUUUAAUGUGCCUAAGUGAAAGUGAAGCAUAUUAGUCUUCCUGGCUUGUGGGACUUGAUGUGGUGCAGUGAAGUAUAUUAGGCCUGGUUCAAAAUGCACAUUUUAUAAGUUGAGUGUGAAAUUUUCUAGAGAAGACAGUAUUUUGGUUCCUUUGAUUUCCAGUUUUCUUUAAUGGACAGAUCACAUGUAUCAAUGUUAUUAUUAUUGCUCUCUGGUAACUUCUUGCCUGUGUGCAAAGACAACCAUGAAAUGUACAAGUAAUACUUAACUUUCACCAUUAGCAUGCAACCGCAAGAUACUUCCAUGGUGUAUGCUCUACUCUCUUUGUACAAGUUUCCUCCCAUUCUGAUAACUGGAAAAGCAUGCUUAAGAGGUUUACAUUUUCAUUACAUAAAUUUGAAAGCAUAAUCCCUUGGCCUAAAGUUCUGUGUUUUUAACUUUAAAUUGGUGAUAUUUAUAUAUUAAUACCUGAUACUUCACAAGCCCCCCCCGCCCCCAAAAGUUAAAUGUCACAGAGAAUGCAAUGAAAUUCUGGAGGUUAUGGAACAGAAUUAUACGUUUUUGAAGAGAACAUAGAAAUCAUUAGGACAACACAAUCCCUUCAUUUUACAUGGGACAACUAAGACCAAAGGAGGCUAAUUAAACUCCCUGAGGUCAUAAAAGUUAGAUCCACCUGAAUGGGGUGGAUUCUGUGUCUGAGACUUAGGUCUUCUUAUUCCCAGGCCAGUGCUGUUUCCAAUACUUUAGUAAACAGUGGUUUCAUCAUAAUGGGAGAGAAGAAUUAAAAUAAUUAGUGUGAGAUUCUAUUUUAAUGGGUAUAUCGGUAGUUUCAUAUUAAUGGUGGAUUUGUAUUACAAAUAUCUUUGUUUAAUAGUCUGAGAUAUAGGUUUGACCUCAUUGCUUAUCUUAGGAAUGACCACCUGACAUGGUAUCAAAACUUAUGAAAUUGAAUCUAUUUUUAAAUGGCUAAUAUAUAAGAUUAAUUACACAAUGGGUGAUCAUGCACUAUUAUGUGGUUUAGGAAGCAUCAACAAAAUAAAUGUGCACAUAGGCAUCUUAACCCAGUUUAUAUACCACAAGGUGCUUUAAUAAUGUAGCGGGGGACUGUCUCUUGGUUUCUAGUAAACUCUUCAUAGCUGUAUAAAAAAAUGUAAUGCUCAUUUAUUUUGCUAUCAGGAGUUACCUUGAAAAAGUCCAACUGUUUAGUGAAUUAUGGAAUAUGGAUUAAAUUGUUUGUCUUUGUUCCUUACAUGUUUAGAUUUUUUUUUGCUUUGCCUGCUUACUUGUGUAUGUAAGCAUGGGGAAAUACAUCAUUGCUAAUAGUUAGACUUACAACCAAGUGACUUAAGGCCUUAAGUUCAUGUUAUGCUAAAUGCACUACUUUCUUUCAUUCUUUCUAUAAUUAAUGUACCCUAACUAUGCCCAUUUUCUUGUAUUUACAAGAAACAUAUGAUUUGUAUUCUGAAUGUGUAGUAUGUUUUUAAAGUUUUUUUAAAGAUGCUGAAAUGGCACUUAGAAAAAAAAUGUAGUGUAAAAGGUUCAGAAAUCCUGGCAAAUGAAAAUUAUAUUCUUAAUCCCUGAAGUAGUUUAGAUCAGUAUUUACCUUGUCAUUAAAACUGGUAUUAUCUGGUGAGGGGGAUGUUUUUAGAAUGUGAUCUCUUAAAAUGUGCCACUUAGAAAAACAAAUUUUGACAAGACCAAAAUCAUUCUUGUGGGAUACACUGCAAAAUUGUACUCUCCUCCUCACUUUAGAUGCAUUCAGUUAAUAGUAUGCCCAGAGCUUGUCACACCUAGCAAAUGAUCUUGGUGUGUGCAGUUUAAAACAAAACAAAACAAAAAACUUGCCCAUUGUCAGAAUUAUAGGUAAAGAUAAAUGCUUACCAGAUGGAAAACAACAAAAUAAGUAGGUAAUGAAUCUUUAUUUUCUAGCUUCCAGGGGGAUAUCAAACAACUGAGUGAAUAAAUAAACUAUUAAAAAUA